AGCACGGACACGUGCACGCGGGGGCGGCAGUGUGAACAGCGCUGGAUGGAUAACGGCGUGGGAAAUGGGACGUCCCCUCAGCUGGCCCAGGAGGAGAAUUACGAGGCUCUGGAAAACAUGCCACUGGAGCAACGUGUCGACCCCAACAAGGCUCCAGCUCAGAGCAUGUCGCCCACAAAGUCCCAGCAGAACGGCAGCCCCUCCAAGUGUCCCCGCUUCAUGAAGGUGAGGAACUGGGAGACGGGGACGGUCUACAACGACGUGCUGCACCAGGGCGUGACAAAGAAGUCGGUGUGCAGUGAGAGCGUCUGCACCGGGUCUGUGAUGAUGCCAAACCACUACGUCCGUAAAGCCGACGAGGUCCGGACCAAAGGAGAGCUGCUGUCAUUGGCCAGAGACUUUAUUGACCAGUACUACACGUCCAUCAAAAGGUUUGGCUCCAAGGCUCACAUGGACCGACUGGAGGAAGUGACUAAGGAAAUCGAAUCAUCGGGAACGUAUCAGCUCAAAGACACUGAGCUCAUCUACGGAGCCAAGACCGCCUGGAGGAACGCGUCUCGCUGCGUCGGGAGGAUCCAGUGGUCCAAGCUGCAGGUUUUUGACGCCCGAGACUGCACCACGUCUCACGGAAUGUACAACUACAUUUGCAACCACAUAAAGUACGCCACCAACAAAGGCAACUUGAGGUCGGCCAUCACCAUUUUCCCUCAAAGAACAGACGGUAAACAUGACUUUCGUGUGUGGAACUCUCAGCUCAUCAGAUAUGCAGGAUACAAGCAGCCGGACGGCUCGAUCCUGGGAGACCCGGCAAACGUAGAAUUCACUGAGAUUUGUUUGCAGCUCGGAUGGAAACCUCCAAAGUCUCGAUUUGACGUUUUGCCCCUGCUGCUCCAAGCCAACGGAAAUGACCCCGAGCUGUUUGAACUCCCAGAAGAUCUCGUCCUGGAGGUCCCCAUUACACAUCCCAAAUUCGAGUGGUUCAAAGACCUCGACCUGAAGUGGUACGGUCUUCCUGCGGUGGCCAACAUGCUGCUGGAGGUGGGGGGGCUGGAGUUCCCCGGUUGUCCCUUCAGUGGCUGGUACAUGGGCACGGAGAUCGGAGUGAGGGAUUUUUGCGACGCUUCACGCUACAACAUUCUAGAGGAAGUCGCAAACCUGAUGAAUCUGGACACGAGGAAGACGUCCUCUCUGUGGAAAGACCAGGCUUUAGUGGAGAUCAACAUUGCAGUUCUCCACAGCUUCCAGACUUGUAAAGUGACCAUCGUGGACCACCACUCUGCCACGGAGUCCUUCAUGAAACACAUGGAGAAUGAGUACCGCGUUCGAGGUGGUUGUCCUGGAGACUGGGUUUGGAUUGUGCCUCCGAUGUCGGGAAGCAUCACACCAGUGUUUCACCAGGAGAUGCUCAAUUACCGCCUCACUCCUUCUUUUGAGUACCAGCCUGAUCCGUGGAACACUCAUGUGUGGAAAGGGGUCAAUGGGACGCCCACAAAGAAAAGGGCCAUCGGGUUCAAGAAGCUCGCCAAGGCUGUGAAGUUUUCUGCCAAACUGAUGGGUCAGGCCAUGGCCAAGAGGGUGAAGGCCACCAUCCUGUUCGCCACAGAGACGGGCAAAUCUCAAGACUACGCCAAAACUCUAUGUGAAAUCUUCAAACAUGCUUUUGACGCAAAGGUUAUGUCCAUGGAUGAGUACGAUGUGGUGGACUUGGAGCAUGAAACGCUGGUGUUGGUGGUGACCAGCACUUUUGGGAACGGGGAUCCUCCUGAGAACGGGGAGAAAUUUGGAGCUGCCUUAAUGGAGAUGCGUCAUCCGACUUCCAACACUGAAGACAGAAAGAGUUACAAGGUGCGUUUCAACAGUGUGUCCUCCUACUCUGACACUCGCAAAUCCUCCAGCGACGAGCCAGAAACGAGGAUCAACUUUGAGAGCACAGGGCCGCUCGCUAACGUCAGGUUUUCAGUGUUCGGCCUGGGCUCCAGGGCGUACCCACACUUCUGCGCCUUCGCCCACGCCGUGGACACGCUGUUUGAGGAGCUCGGAGGAGAACGGAUCCUGCGAAUGGGAGAAGGAGAUGAACUGUGUGGUCAGGAGGAAUCAUUCAGAACUUGGGCCAAAAAGGUUUUCAAGGCUGCGUGUGACGUGUUCUGUGUCGGUGAUGAUGUAAACAUUGAAAAGGCGAAUGAUUCUCUGAUCAGCAACGACCGCAGUUGGAAGAAGAGCAAAUUCCGCAUGACUUACACGGCUGAGGCUCCGGCCCUGACAGAAGCGUUGUACAGUAUUCAUAAGAAAAAGGUGUACGGAGCCAAAAUGCUGGAGUCUCAGAAUUUGCAAAGCCAAAAAUCAAAUCGCUCCACCAUAUUUGUUCGACUCAACACAAACAACCAUGACAGCCUGAGCUACCAUCCCGGCGACCAUCUGGGCAUCUUCCCUGGCAACCACGAGGACCUGGUUACAGCGCUCAUAGAUAAACUGGAGGACGCACCACCUGUCAAUCAAAUCAUCAAAGUGGAGUUUCUGGAGGAGAGAAACACUGCCCUUGGUGUUAUCAGCAACUGGACAAAUGAGACCAGAAUUCCACCCUGCACCAUCUACCAGGCUUUCCAGUACUUCCUGGACAUCACCACACCCCCGAGCCCAGUCCUGCUGCAGCAGUUUGCAGCUCUGGCAACCAACGAAGACCAGAAAAGGAGACUGGAGGUCCUCAGCAAGGGCCUGCAGGAGUACGAGGAGUGGAAGUGGUACAAUAACUCUACUCUGGUGGAGGUGCUGGAGGAGUUCCCUUCGAUUCAGAUGCCCUCCACGCUGCUCCUUACCCAGCUGCCCCUGCUGCAGCCCCGAUACUACUCCAUCAGCUCCUCGCCCGAUCUGCACCCGGGGGAGAUCCACCUGACCGUGGCCGUGGUCUCCUACCGAGCCAAAGAUGGAAAAGGACCUAUCCACCAUGGAGUGUGCUCCUCGUGGCUUAACAGGAUACAGAAGGGGGAGAUGGUGCCCUGCUUUGUCAGAGGCGCUCCGUCGUUCCAUCUUCCUAAAGACAACCACACGCCCUGUCUUCUGGUCGGUCCUGGGACUGGCAUCGCCCCCUUCAGAAGCUUUUGGCAGCAGAGACUCUAUGACCUUGAACACAAAGGGAUUGAGUCGUGCCCCAUGAUCCUUGUUUUUGGAUGUCGCCAGUCUGAGAUCGAUCACAUUUACAAAGAGGAGACCGUCCAGGCUAAAAACAAGAACAUCUUCAAGGAGCUCUACGCUGCGUAUUCAAGAGAACCUGGCAAACCAAAGAAAUAUGUCCAGAAUGUACUGCGCGAGCAGCUGUCGGAGACGGUGUACCAGUGCCUGAAGCUGGAGCGAGGACACAUCUAUGUGUGCGGAGACGUGACGAUGGCUGGAGACGUUCUCAAGACUGUUCAGCAAAUCAUCAAACAGCACGGUCACAUGACCCUGGAGGAGGCGGGACUGUUCAUCAGCAAACUCCGGGAUGAAAAUCGCUACCAUGAGGACAUUUUCGGCGUGACCCUGCGCACCUAUGAGGUCACAAACCGCCUGCGCUCAGAGUCCAUCGCCUACAUCGAGGAGAACAAAAAGGACUCUGACGAGGUUUUCUGCUCGUAGGUCUGCGUCUCGCCAACCAGUUUGGAUGGUUCCACGUCACUGAAAGAUACUGUGCCAACUUUUGUACUGUAAAAAUGGGUUGCUCCUUUUUGAUACUACUUCAUUUCUGUUGGGCUCUGCAAUUUGUCUGUAGCAAACAGGAAGUGUUCUGAGACUCUGUUCCGCUUGUCCAAAUAUUAUAAUUGAAAUGGGUUUUAAAAUGUGCAAUUAGUGAAAUGACCUGCCUCAUUGUGAAUGCAUGACAAGAAUAUACUCAAGAAAAUAUACUAUGUGUUAUUGUUACAGUUCCAGGCUUUUUUUGAGUUUCUAUUUGCAAAGACUUUUACGGCAUUGAUUGAAACUCCUUCAGAAACUUUGAAAUGAACACAAGAGCGAGGCUGGAUGUUAGUCGAUCUUUUUAAACAUGUAUUGUCUCGAAAUUGAAGAAGAAUCAACAGGCCAGACAUUGACGCCAGGAAAAAGCCGAUCCAAUGUCUCUCCCUAAAUUAUAAAAAACUGUUCUGUCAAAGCCCCAAACAAGCAAUCCCGCUGUUCAGUGGUCAUCCAUCAGAGUGCAUCAGCGCAGUGGCAGUUGUUUAGUGCCCUGUCUAUCCCAUCAUCACUACGCUCCAGCUGGUGCUUGUGUUCACAACAGCUGCCGUAAAAUGGACGCCUUAAAUCUCGGCCUCAAACUAUUAUCUUUAUCAAUGCUGUUUGUGUGCGACCCAAAAGCCUGCGACUGACAUGUGUUCAAUGUAACUGUACUCAAGUGAUGCAAAAAUCACCCUGGUGGAAAGAUAUUGUUCAAGUCUAUAAAUAUUUAAUUGUGAUUUAAUAAUAAAGCAUAUUUGUAAGUAAAAAUGUAAGAUUAUUUUGGCUGUCAACCAAACUGGGAGCAUCAUAAACGCGUGUGCCUCUUGCCUUACAUCAACUCUGCCUCUGCCUACGCAUCCCUCCUCUAGGUGUCUGCAUGAAUCUAUGGCGGCUCGCGCUCCGAUCUCACUGUGAUCUGUUGUGUAGCAUGGGCGCGCCGGACCCGUCGCCUGACCAGCGUGUUCUGUGGGCGUGGCUGUGUGCAUGUGCCCUCAGGUGUACUCUGCUCGCCCCCUCCUCGCUCUGAACGUCGGCUCUGACUCAUGUUCUUUUAUUGUACAGAUGGUGUUGUGGUCUGUAGGAAACUGCCCACGUGGCUUUGGCUUUCUUAGCUUGACUUUGGCUCCCGUCGUUCAAGUUUUUCAUUGAGAAAGGAGAGUUAGACUGGCGCUGUGGUCAUCCUCCGCUUUGGAAUGAGUCAGUGAUUUAAAUAUGCAUGCGAGAGCCCCACUGCUGCUUCAUCCGUUCUGCAGAAACCUGUGGCUUCCAUGUUUGUCCUUUUCUUUAUUAAAAAUAUUUAAUAUGGCAUGACUAUUUAAAACAUGUACUUUUGGAGCUUUCGUAACGGCUGACGUUUUCUCACCAAUGUUGUCCUUGUUGCCCUUGUUAUGAAUGAAUGCCCCUUUGUAGAAAAUUGAAAUGAUUUUGUUGAAUUGUAUUGAGCUGUCAAAUGUCUGUGAUGUAAAAUGUGCAAAAGGAAAAGGAUAUAGCUUCUAUAUAAAUAUAUACAUAACUUGUAUUCAGAGUAUAAAGUAUAAAUCUCUUUUCUAAGAAUGUAUUUUGAAUAAGUAAAAAGCAUUGCUUGUUUUCAAAAUGACAAAGUUUCUUGUCAUAGUGUGGGUUAAAAGAGCAGCAUUACAUCAAUGCAUGACGAUGUUUCCAGUUGUAGUUUAAAAAAGCUGCAGCAGCAGUGACACUGUGUGGGCCCCGGGGCCCCUCCACACCUAUGGACUGACGUUUCUGUGUUUGCAUAUUGCUGCUAAUAUAACUCCAGUCAGCCAAUGCUACUAUGACCUUUGCUGUGUGAAUGAAUCUAUCACAUUUUAAUGCAUCAACUGCAAGGACUUUGCAUUUACUUACAAAUAAAUAUUUACAGAAUA